CGGGCGGUGCAUGGCGGCGGCGGGCGGGUGGCGGCCCGCGGGCGGGCGGCGGCGGCGGCGGGGCCGGGCGGCGGAGCAGGAGCAGGAUGAGGAUGAUGAGGGCGGCGGCGCGGUGCUGCGGCGGCUGCGGGAGGCGCGGGACGAUCUGCUGAGCUCCGGGUUCUGGGCGGCGAGCGCCGGAGCCGUGCGGGCGCCGCUGGGCCGCAGCGCGGAGCCCCCCGCCCGCUGCGUGUGCUACGGGCUGGGCCGGUUCGCAGCGUGCCCCGCGGCCCGGUACCAACUGGCCUUCCUGCUGCUGCUGCUGGAGGAGCUGCGGGUGCCCCCCGGACGGUGCUCGCUGUUCGACCCCGCGUUCUCCCCCCGGGAGGCGGCUGCGCUGCGGCAGCUCGGGAUGAGGCUGCUCCCCGAGAACGAGGAGGGGAAACACGACGUUGAGGGGUCAGCCACGGUGUUCUACAUGGUGCACUGCGGGAAAGCCCUGUACAACAACCUGCUGUGGAGGAACUGGUCGGCAGAGGCCCUGUCCAAAAUGGUCAUCAUCGGGAACAGCUUCCAAGGGAUGGAGGAGAGGCUGUUGUCAAGAGUAUUGGAAAGAGAUUAUUCUUACAUAGCAAAGGUGUUGAAAGGGACGGAGGAAGCGGCGCUCCCCGCUCACCCUCGCUACCUGGACACCUUCAAUGAUACCUCUGUGCACUGGUUUCCCCUCCAAAAGCUGCAGGAACUCUCCCCCGAGGUCUGGGACUUCCUGGAGGAGCCGAUGUACCAAGACUGUGACGACCUGGAGAUCAUCAGGAGGGGGGACGGAGCCGAGCGGUGCUGUCCUGCUGCUGCCCAGGCCUGAGCCCUCGGGGCCACGUCUCUUCACGUGGCAGGACCGUAUCCCAUGAAACCUUACUAAGGAGGUUCCUGAAGAGGCCUAAGUCUGCUUUCUUGAAGUCCAGGGCAGUGAGCUUGCUGCACGCUCUUCUCACCGUCCUGAGGAUCUCAAACUCAACCAUCUCAUGAUCACUAGAGCCAAGGCUGCCCUGGACAUCACAUUUCCAACCAGUCCCUCCCUGUUGGUAAGCACAAGGUCCAGCAUGGCACCUCUCCUUGUCGGCUCCUCUACUGCUUGAAAGAGGAAGUUGUCUUUCACACAAUCGAGGAACCUCCUGGAUUGCUUGUGCCGGGCCGUACCGUCCCUCCAACAGAUGUCAGGAUGGUUGAAGUCCCCCAUGAGGACCAGGGCCUGCGAGCGUGAGGCUCUGCAGGUUCUGCAAUGAAGCUCAAGCACGGACAUGGGGUUGUGCUCUGCCAAAAAGUGGCAGCACCCGAACACUGAGCAUGAGGGGACAGUUUUGUAUCUUAUUUAAUAAAAGGUAAAGCUCUGCUUUGAUUUACCUCAA